AUGCCCCGCAGCCCCGGGACGCGCCUCAAACCCGCCAAGUACAUCCCCGUGGCCACCGCCGCCGCGCUGCUCAUCGGCUCCAGCACCCUGUUCUUCGUGUUCACGUGCCCGUGGCUGACACGCGCCCUGUCCCCGGCCGUCCCCGUCUACAAUGGCGUCAUCUUCCUCUUCGUGCUGGCCAACUUCAGCAUGGCCACCUUCAUGGACCCCGGCGUCUUCCCCCGAGCGGAUGAGGACGAGGACAAGGAGGACGACUUCCGGGCGCCGCUGUACAAGAACGUGGACGUGCGGGGCAUCCAGGUCCGCAUGAAGUGGUGCGCCACCUGCCACUUCUACCGCCCGCCGCGCUGCUCCCACUGCAGCGUCUGCGACAACUGCGUGGAGGACUUCGACCACCACUGCCCCUGGGUCAACAACUGCAUCGGCCGCCGCAACUACCGCUACUUCUUCCUGUUCCUGCUGUCGCUCAGCGCCCACAUGGUGGGCGUCGUGGCCUUCGGCCUGGUCUACGUGCUGAACCACGCCGAGGGCCUGGGCGCCGCCCACACCACCAUCACCAUGGCUGUCAUGUGCGUGGCCGGCCUGUUCUUCAUCCCCGUCAUCGGCCUCACCGGCUUCCACGUGGUGCUGGUCACGCGGGGGCGCACGACCAACGAGCAGGUGACGGGCAAGUUCCGCGGGGGCGUGAACCCCUUCACCCGCGGCUGCUGCGGGAACGUGGAGCACGUGCUGUGCAGCCCCCUGGCCCCCCGGUACGUGGUGGAGCCGCCGCCCCGGCUGCCGCUCGCCGCGCGCCUGAAGCCACCCUUCCUUCGGCCCGAGCUCCUGGACCGCGCGCCUCCGCUCAAGGUCAAGCUCAGCGACAACGGGCUGAAGGCUGGCCUGGGCCGGAGCAAGUCCAAGGGCAGCCUGGACCGGCUGGACGAGAAGCCGCUGGACCUGGGGCCGCCGCUGCCCCCCACGUCGGAGGCUGGCACGUUCGGCGGGGACCGGCAGACCCCGCGCCCGGGCAGCGCUGAGAGCGCCCUGUCGGCUCAGAGGACCAGCCCCCCGACGCCCGCCAUGUACAAGUUCCGGCCGGCCUUCCCCGCGGGCCCCAAAGCGCCUUUCUGUGGACCCGGCGAGCAGGUCUCGGGCCCCGACUCCUUGACCCUGGGGGAGGACAGCAUCCACAGCCUGGACUUCACCUCGGAGCCCAGCCUGGACCUGCCGGACUUUGCCGCCGGUGGGCUGCACGCCCCCUACGCGCCCUCCCCGCCGCUCAGCGCCGCGGACACCUUCUCGGGGGCCCUGCGCUCCCUGAGCCUCAAGGCGGCCGGCCGGCGGGGCGGGGACCACGUGGCCCUCCAGCCCCUGCGCUCCGAGGGCGGGCCCCCCACGCCCCACCGCAGCGUCUUCGCCCCCCACGUGCUGCCCAACCGCAACGGCAGCCUGUCCUACGACAGCCUGCUGAGCCCCGCCUCGCCCGCGGGCCGCGCCUGCCCGGCCCACCCCGUGGCCGGCGGCCUGGCCGCCUACCGCUCGCCCUACCUGCACCCCGGGGACCCGCCGCGGCCCCCGCCCCGCAGCUUCAGCCCCGUGCUGGGCCCCCGGCCCCGUGAGCCCUCGCCCGUGCGCUACGACAACCUGUCCCGGACCAUCAUGGCCUCCAUCCAGGAGCGCAAGGACCGCGAGGAGCGGGAGCGGCUGCUGCGCUCCCAGGCCGACUCGCUCUUCGGCGACGCGGGCGUCUACGACGCGCCCGGCUCCUACGGCCUGCAGCAGGCCGGCGGCGCCCUGGCCGAGGGCCCCCGGGGCCCCGCCACGCGCUACGGCUCCCGGGACGACCUGGUGGCCGGGCCCGGCGGCGGCGGCGGCUUCGGAGGCGCCCGCAACCCCGCCCUGCAGGCGUCCAUGACCUCGCUGGCGUCGGCAGCGGGGAGCCGGGCGCCCAGGACCUCCUCCUCCUCCCUGCAGGCGGACCUGGCCAACAACAACGCCCCGGGGCCCCGGCCGGGGAGCGGCCCCCACCGGUCCCCCCUGCGCCAGGGCGCCCCCUCCCCGCCCCCCAGCACACCCCGCUCGCCCUCCUACGCGGGCCCCAAAGCCGUUGCCUUCAUCCACUCGGACCUCCCGGAGCCGCCGCCCUCGCUGGCCGUGCAGAGGGACCACCCUCAGCUGAAGAACCCCCCGGGUAAGCUUAACGGGCAGUCCCCGGGCCUGGCCCGCCUGGGGCCCGCCGCCGGCCCCCCGGGCCCUGCCGCCAGCCCCGCCCGGCACACGCUCGUUAAGAAGGUGUCCGGCGUGGGCGGGACCACGUACGAGAUCUCCGUGUGA